GUCUCCUUAAUAUCUCACUGCACCCUUUUUGUAUACACCUUCCAUUCCAUAUCACCCCAUCUAAUCCCACACCAACCCUCCCCCAAAAUGACUCUCGUCCACAUCGUCCUCUUCAAAUUCCGCCCCGAAGUAACAGAAUCGCACAAACAACGGUUCAUCACCGAACUGAAAAAGCUCAAGGCCCUCCCAUGCGUGAAAUCCGGGCGUCUCCUCGUGGGCGGGCCGAGUGUGACCGAUCCCAUUGAACGCAGCAAAGGGUUCCAAAUCGCUUUGGUGAGCUAUCAUGAGAAUCAAGCUGCGUUGGCGGAAUAUCAGGCAAGUCAGGAACAUCAUUAUGUGACUUCAACCUAUAUGUUUCCGUAUAAGGAGGAUUUGGUCCGGUUUGACUUCGAGGUUGAUGCGGAGGAUGAGUAUAUGUGUGAUUUUCCGGUGUUGGGCUGAGCUUGAGGGAUAAUGGGACUAAGUGAAAGUGUGGAUGUAUAUAUUUCUUGCCAAGGGUGGUGUCU